AUGCCUAAAACUCUAUCUAUCUAUGUUUCUAUCUUAGUCUCUGUUUUGACGGGAUAUUUCCUUUCCGAUCCUCUUUUGAGACGGAGCAUUCCCUCUUCCGAUCCCCUUUUGAGACGGGGUAUUUCCUCUUCUGAUCCUCUUUUGAGACGGGGUAUUUCCUCUUCCGAUCCUCUUUUGAGAUGGGGUAUUCCCUCUUCCGAUCCUCUUUUGAGACGGAGUAUUCCCUCUUCCGAUCCCCAUUUGAGACGGGACGGGUAUUCCUCUUCCGAUCCCCAUUUGAGACGGGUAUUUUUCCUCUUUGAGACGGAGCAUUUCCCUCUUCGAUCCUUUUUGAGACGGGGUAUUUCUCCCUCUUUUGAGACGGGGUAUUUCCUCUUCCGAUCCUCUUUUGAGAUGGGGUAUUCCCUCUUCCGAUCCUCUUUUGAGACGGAGUAUUCCCUCUUCCGAUCCCCAUUUGAGACGGGACGGAGUAUUCCCUCUUCCGAUCCCCAUUUGAGACGGGGUAUUUCCUCUUCCGAUCCUCUUUUGAGACGGAGCAUUCCCUCUUCCGAUCACCUUUUGAGACGGGGUAUUUCCUCUUCUGAUCCUCUUUUGAGACGGAGUAUUCCCUCUUCCGAUCCCCAUUUGAGACGGGGUAUUUCCUGUUCUGAUCCUCUUUUGAGACCCGGUAUUUCCUCUUCCGAUCCUCUUUUGAGACCGGGUAUUUCCUCUUCCGAUCGCAUAUGGCAGCCUUCUGGAAAUAUGGAAAGAAUAUUUAACAAUGCUUCUACGGGUCACGAAUUUUUAAUAGUAAAAAAUUUCCAAACUCUCGUCAACCGUUAUCUAUCCUAA